CUUCAGCCCCGUUGCAGUUUGCCGAUCUGCGUCGCCAGCAUGGGGGGAGCUAACAAGGACUACUACUUCAUCUUGGGGCUGCAACGGUCGACGGCCAAGGAUGAGGACAUCAAAAGAGCCUACCGGCAGCUGGCACUCAAGUGGCACCCGGCCAAGUGAGCGCUCUGCGUGUUGCGGGGUGGAAUUCAGGCCGCACGGUGCUGAUGUUGGUUGUGAUGUUGGUUGUCGGGUGCAGGUAUACGGACAGAAUAGAGGUGGCUGAGCAUCACUUUGCUGAAGUGGCUGAGGCAUACGAGGUGGGCCGAGGGAAAGGCAGCGGGGGCCGAUGGAAAGCACGCACUCAUCGUUCCCCGUGUGUCGCUCUCUCUGUCCUGUUUUUUCCUCUCUCUCUCUGUAGGUCUUGUCUGACCGUAGGAAUACGAGACGGGAAUGGCUGGCCGGCCAUUGCUUGCUGCACCGACUUCGCGUCUCUGUGUGUGUCUGUACGUGUGUGUUCAGCCAAGAAGAGGGCCAUCUACGACCAGUUUGGGGAGACCGGCCUCAAGAAUGGCGUCGUCGACCAGACAGGAGGUAAGUCAGACACCCAAUGCAACAAACUCCUCCCCCGUGCGCCAUGCCUUAAUCCAUUGAUGCGUGCAGGCUUCCUUGGGGGUUAUCAGUUCACCACGGGGGCCAUGCAGGUGUUCCAGCAGUUCAUGGGCAAAGAGAGCCCCUUUGGCGCACCUGCAGCAGGUGUGUCAAUGCGUCAUCCAUCCAUCCAUCCAACGAUCCAUCGUCCAUAGACAUGCCCUGUGUCUGCCUAUCUUGCUGUCUGAUAUCAGAGUUGGAGGAGGCCUUCACGUGGAGCUCGCUGCACGGAAAGCAGAGCAACAAAUGCGACCCUUUACACGUAUUUACUCAGAUGGACAGACGAUCCCGAACACAGACGACUGAUGACAAAUGUGUGCGUGUGUGUGGUUGAUUCAGGAGCGUCUCGUGUGCACACUGGAGGAGCUCUACUGUGGCAGCGCCAAGAAAGUCCAAGUGCAGAGACGCGUAAGCAAGUUGGCAUUGUAUGUAUGCUUCGAUGGAUGGAUGGAAUGAUCCUCUGUCUGCACACCGCCUGUGUGCGUUGGUGUGUGUGGGUAUGCAGCGUCUGUCGGCCGACAAGCGCACCACGUUUCUCGAGACGAAAUCCUACGUCAUCCGCGUCCAGCCAGGUAGGUGUGCAACCAGCCAUAGCCAUACAUGCGACGGCACAUGUGCGUGUCUGUGUGCGUAUGUGUAGGUUGGUGCGACGGCACGACCCUGACGAUGGCUGGCGAGGGCAAUGAGGAACACCCCAACAUGCUCGCCGGUGGGUGACUGUGAGCGUCAACAGACAACCAAGGCCACGCACCCACGCACUCGUCUGUCUGUCUCUCUGUCUCUCUGUCUGUCCGUCCGUCCGUCCGUCCGUCCGUCUGUGUGCGCCAUCCAUCAGGCGAUUUGGUCUUCACUGUCGAGACAGCUCCACACCCACACUUCACGAGACAAGGUGGCGAAGAGUGACAUCUCUGUGUGUGUGUGUCAAUGUGUAUGUGUGUGUGCGUGUGUAGGUUUGGAUCUGAAGCACGUGGCGUCCAUUUCCCUCGUCCAGGCGCUGUCGGGACAUGUUGUUCAUGUGGUCAGUCAGCCACUCAGUGACGGACUCUGACACUGCCACCACCGCUCUACCUACCUGUGUGUAUGUGUUCAUUUUAGCCGCAUCAGAACGGCACCACUCUCUCCGUGGCCGUCCCUGAAGUCGUCUCGUAAGACAACACGAAUCAGUCGAUGCACAACCAUUCACCACACACACACACACACUUUUGCUCUUGUCCGGUGUCUGUUGGUGUCUCCGAUGCCCACAUGCAGCCCCGACAGUGUCAAGAGGCUCAAAGGGGAAGGGCUGCCAAAUCCUGAGAAACCCGAAGAAAAGGGUCAGUCAGUUAGUCAGUCUGUCACAGCAUCAUCACAUCAUGGCACUUGUACCCUGUGUGUGGAUCAUGGCUGGGCUGUGCAGGCGACAUUGUGCUGACGUGGGACAUUCGCUUCCCCCCAGCAGUGCGCACCGACCAGAGAAAAGCCCUGGUAGACACCCAUACGACAGGGGGCAAGGAACCACCCUUGUUUACGGCUGCACUGUUUGCUCUCCACUGGCAGGCGCGUAUCUUCCCGGAGGGGCCGAGAGCACGCCAGCUGGUGUGAAGAUUGAUUGCUUUGCGUGGGUGGGGGUCGGGCUGAUGGACUGCCUUUCUUUCCGGUGCGAACGAC